ACAGAUGCGGCUAGGUAACCGCUCGUAAGCCUAUGUAACCAGGCACUCCACGAAAUCCAAGAUGGCGGAAGAGGAAGGGGAUCCAGGCCGUCAUCAGCGGCAGCGGCAGCGCCGAGGACUUCUUAAGAUGUACUAUGGUGUUGGCGAGGAAGGAGACAAGUCUGCGGCCAUUGAUCCAUGUGAUAUUAAUGGCGCCCACUUUAAACCUGAGGUGUACCUGGAAAGACUCUUCAAAGAAAAAUCACUCACUGACUUAAUGGACAAGGAGGGAGAUGUGUCAAAACAAAUAAGAGCACUAGACAGUGACAUGCAGACAUUGGUUUACGAGAAUUACAACAAGUUCAUUAGUGCAACAGAUACUAUACGAAAGAUGAAACAUGACUUUAAGAAAAUGGAAGAUGAGAUGGAUAAGCUUGCUGUAAACAUGUCGGCAAUUACUGAAUUCAGUGAAAAAAUCAGUGGUACAUUACAAGACAAGCGCCUACAGAUAACCAAAUUAUCAGGAGUGCACUCUCUCCUAAAAAAGCUUCAAUUCUUGUUUGAGCUGCCAUCAAGACUGAACAAGUGUGUGGAGAUGAAGCAAUAUGGACUAGCUGUCAGGUAUUACACCAAAGCAAGGGAUGUGCUUCACCAGUACAGCCAUAUGCCAUCUUUUUCAGGCAUCCAUGAGGACUGUGCUGAGAUUGUCAAAGAGUUGGUUGUCCGACUAAGAGAGCAGCUCAGAAAUCCAAAGUCUUCCCCAAAGCAGCUGGCCGAAUGUGUGGAUCUGCUUCUACAAUUACAAGAGCCUGCAGAUGAACUGUGUGAUGAAUUUCUAGAACAUGCAAGGGAAAAAUUAAAUGAGGAUCUUAGAGUUCUAAGGGAACAAACAGAUUUGAAGGCUAUGGAAUUAGCCUCAUUAAAAGCCUCUGCUGAUUCUGUUCCAGAGGCCAGAGAAGAGAGUCAAGAAGCAAAACAUCCCAGACCUAUGGACUUACUAGAAUUUGUUGACUGUGGGUGUAAUGGCUUUCUUAGCACGGUUGGUCUAGUCAUUGCUUCAUACAUGGAACAGUUUGUUGGACGGCAAGAGAAAGACACACAGUUUUAUUCAUCAACCUCGAAUACAGAGGGUCAAGAUGAAGAAGAAUUGGAUAAAGUUGUGAGUAAGAAACUCACAAGCUUUAUGCAGUCAUUGAUGGGCCAGUACUUCAGUAUUGUUGAAUCCAGAAUUGAACAAGAGACUGAAACUGGCAACAAUGUGUUGUUGGUGAGGUCACUUGACCGCUUUCACCGCCGCCUCCAGUCUGUCCACAAACUACUCCCAGAUAUUGGAUGUGGAAGGCUAGGAACAAAUAUUGUGGCAAGGGCAUCUCAUAACCGGAUCAAGGGAUACACACAGUCACUAAAACAGCAUUUUGAAGUUUGUUUAACAGACACCCGUCAGUCACUAGCUGCGCUCCCGCGUCAGUCUGGAAAGGACAAAACACAUGUGCUAUCAGAUCUCCUCUCAAACAUGAGUACAUCAAUCGUGGAUCAACUCAAGACAGUCUUAAGCAACCUUAAGGCAUUCAUUGGCCCAGAUGUGACAUUUGCUGUCAAGCCUUACUUCCGUGGCCCGUUUUGUGCUGAUGACGUCAGACAAGGCCUGGUAGUGGAGCUGCUGAGAUAUAUUUUGAGCACAGCAAAGGGUUUUUGUGAUGGUGUCUCCACAGUCCCCCCUCCCCUGGUGUUGCUGUUGUCCCGGAUGUGCACAGAUUUCCAAGAAUCCACCAUCACUUAUGUUUUGAGUCUUACGGAUGAGCAGUUUCCAGUGGACGAAGAGAUGCAGAGAGGGUGUGUCCGUACGCCUGUGUCCGAACUCACCUUAGAGGCCCGGACAAUAGCCCAGAGUCUUCUUAAUCAUUACGUGACUUCACAAGGACUGAUCAUCUCACAGAUGAUCCGUAAGAGCGUCGAGACACGCGAUUGGAUGAACAGUAUUGAGCCGCGUAACGUCCGUGCCGUGAUGAAACGACUCGUAGAGGACGUAACGGCCAUAGAUACACAAGUCGGCCAGCUGUACGAGGAAGGGGUGCGCAAGGCCCACAGUUCAGAUUCAAGUAAAUUUACGUACACUAACCAGUCGAAGCAGACCCGGGCACAGUGGAGCUAUACCCCAAGCACUGGGUUCGAUUCAAGCCUUUUGAGUAAUAUCCAGAAGUUGUUCUCGGAGAAGAUCGAGAUCUUCAGCGCCGUGGAAUUCUCCAAAGUGUCCGUUCUCACUGGUAUAAUCAAAAUUGCUCUAAAGACUCUACUUGAGUGCAUGCGGCUACGAACAUUCGGGAAAUUCGGUCUUCAGCAAAUACAAGUAGACUCGCACUACUUGCAGCUCUACCUAUGGCGCUUCGUAUCAGACGAGAACCUGGUACACUUUUUGCUAGACGAGGUGGUCAAUAGUGCUGUCAACCGGUGUGUGGACCCUGAACUGAUGGAGGCGAGUGUUGUGGACGUUAUCUGUGAACGAGGAUAAUUGCGACCCACGCAAGUUAUGAUUGCUGGAACCGGAAUAGAGGGGUCUAUUGUACUCUACUCCGCAGGCGCAUCUAAUCAAGAAACUAAAGAAACACGAAAUAACUAUAAUAGGAAACGUUUCUCGAUUAGAUGCUAGGUCUAUUGUAGAAUAUUGGGGUUUUUUUUGGCGGCCGAAAAAACCCGCGCCCUGCCUAUAUUAUGAACAAAGAUGAAAUG